UUGAUGAAGCCGUGGUGAUGGGACCGCAGCGGGGAUAUUAAUGGGGGUUGACUGGGCUCCAGCGAGAGGGAAGCGGCCGCCCUUCCCCCUCCCGUGAGAAUCCUGGGCCUGGAGGCCCUGCAGAAGGGCGGGUCUUCUCUGUGUCUUCUUCAUUCUUGCCCUCUGCGCUCCACCCGGACUCCAGUUCCUCUUCCCCCGCGUCGCUGGGUGCAGGGUCUGCGGAGCGCUAGGGACCGCAGGGGAUCUGAGAGGGCGCCGGCUCCUGUGCGCCCGGGUCCAGGUGAUCCAGCGCCAAGCUCUCCUCUGCACCGGAUCUCCCAGCGCCGCCCAGGUUGCUUGAAUGGGGCGCGCCCUGCCCUGGGCGCUGUGGUUGCUGCUGCUACUGCAGGAUCCAUGCAGCCUGGGAUUGUCCUGCAACGUGUCCUCGGGGGACGUGGACUGGGCCACGGAGUUCACAGCCACAUGCUUGAACUUCAGCGGCCGAGGCCUGAACAUUCCCUGGAACAGGUCUCUGCAGGCCAGCAGCGUGCUCCUCCUCGACCUGUCUGGGAACGGCCUUCGGGAGCUCCCGGGGCCCUUUUUUGCCCGCCUGGAAAAGCUGCAGAUCCUGAAUGUGACCAACAACCCUCUGGACCGCGUGGAUGCGGAGCUGGCAGGACGCUGCGCCCUUGACUUGAAGGCUGACUGCCGCUGCAGCCUCGCCUCCUGGCACCAGGUCCGGCAGGACAACUGCUCGGACCAGCUGCCCCCGCAGUGCCUGGAUGCCGGCACCUUCACCUGGCGCAACCUCUCCACCUUCCUGGAGGUCAGCUGCCCCCCUGGCCUGUCCUGGGCGGCCAUUGGGGCUCUGGCAGCCAGUGGAAGCCUGCUCCUUGGGCUCAUCAUAGCUGGCUCAUUGCUGGCCUGGAGAUUCCGGUCACGCUGGUCACCCAGGAGCCAGAGCCAGGACAAGACAUGGGCUGCUCCCGAUGGUCCCAGGCCCAGCUCAGGCUGGCAGCCGAAAUACAGUAGCCGGAGCCUCAGCCUUCAUCAACCAGAAGCCACCCUACCCAGACCCCCCACACCUGACUAUGAGAACGUGUUCAUAGGCCAGCCACCUGACAAGGACCAGCCGGCCAAGCACGGGACGCACCCUUCAGAGGACAGUGACUUCUACAUGAACUACGAGGACCUCCAACGGGCCUCCCAGCCCGUCUACGGCAACCUGCAGUUCCCGGGCCAGGCUCCUGAGGUCGAAGAUGAGUACGUGAUCACAGGGCACUGAGCCUGAACUCCAGCCUGCCCCACCCCAGGUGAUUCGGGCCGUUCUGGAUCCGCCCUGACCUCAGUCUCCCAGCCUGAGGAAUGGGGAUAGGCAAGAGCUGUCCUCGCAGCCCUCUGCCCGGCUCCUGCUCUGCUCUUCAGCCCCACCGGCUGCUAGAAAGGGAAGAGGAGACUCCAACACAGACACAGCAGGUUCCCAGAGUCAACUCCAUUGUCCCCUUCCUCUCGGUGUGCAGACGGUGCUCAAUAAACACUGUAGGGCUGGUGAGGCUGCUGGCUCGGAGGGAGAAGGUUCCUCUCAGUGACUUCCUGAGCUCUCAAGACUAGAUCUCUGGAGACUCCUGAAUUUCUCCCCAGCCCCUCCCCUCUGUCCCUCUCAGGUCCCCGGCACCCAGACUCAGUCCCCAGGGCAGCCCACGCCAGCCCCCGAGGGAUUUCUGUAACUCAUGAAUCAGGACUGUGUCCUUCCCCUGCUCACACACCCUCUCUGGCUCCCCAUUGUCCCUGGGUCCUCAGUCUGGUAUUUGAGGACUGUAUGACUCAGCCUUGUCACCUCACUGCCUCUCCCAUCCCUCUGCCCUUCUGGUCUGGGCCUCAUCCCCACCUAGCCCACUCCCUUCUGAAGCUUUCAUUUUCCUAAGCCAUUUGCCCAUGCCACUCCCUUUGCCCAGAAUGCCACCCCUUCCUCUUUUUCUUACUCGUUAACACCCUAAUAGUUGCAGAACUAUGGCUGGGGCGCCAGGGGGCAUGAGUUCAAGUCCUAACUCUGCCAUUAACUCCACGGGUCUCGUUCCCCCCAUCUGUGAAAUGCAGUGUUAGAAUUGGUCUCUAAGUCUGUGUUUUUUAAAAAUAUUUUUUAAUGGAUUUCAGAGAGGAAGAGGGAGGGAUAGAAACAUCAGUGAUGAGAGAGGAUCAUUGAUCGACUGACUCCUGCACAGGGUAGAGCCUGAAACCCAGGCAUGUGCCCUGACCAGGAAUCGAACCAUGACCCCCUAGUUCAUAGGUCAAUGCCCAACCACUGAGCCGCACUAGCUGGGCUCUAAGUCUGUUUUAGCCCUAAUAUACUAAUAUCUUAACUUGUCCAG